CACAGUCUCUCCCUCUCUCUCUCUCUGUGAAAACGUGCGAGUUUUUAUUCCAAUCACUGAAGCUUUUCUACUCACCAAGUUCCCAUUUUUGCGUAUUGUAUCCGAUGUAAUUACUGCCCAAAAUCUGGAUUAUGUUGAAUUUAAGUAUCUUAAACUUGAUUAAUCUAUGAACUGGGAAAUGGGUCUCAUCUGCUUUCAUCGAUUAUGUGGUCAGGGUAGGCGUGGUAGGGGAUAACUUCAUCUGAGAAAGGAACAAAGGGGAGGAUUUUUAAUUAUUGUUUGUGGUGUUCUGAGAGAAAAAGGGUGAUCAGUGAUGGCUUUCAAGCCAUUGAUAUGGUAUUGUCAGCCAGUGACAAAUGGUGUUUGGGCAACAGCAGUGCAGAAUGCUCUGGGAGCUUUUACACCUUGUGCUACGGACACUUUUGUGAUUUGCAUAUCUCAUCUAGUUAUGAUGGGGAUCUGUCUAUAUCGGAUAUGGAUAACGCACAACAAUCUCAAAGCCCAGAAGUAUUCUUUAAGGUCCAAGUUCUACAAUUACUUACUGGCUUUAUUGGCUGGUUACGCUGCUGCUGAGCCUUUGUUCAGGUUAAUAAUGGGUGUUUCGGUCCUUAGUUUGGAUGGGCAGGCUGGACUUGCGCCGUAUGAGGUCAUGUCGUUGAUCAUUGAGGCUCUUGCUUGGUUCUCAGUGCUUGUCAUGAUUGCCAUAGAAACUAAAGUGUAUGUUCGUGAAUUACGAUGGUUUGUCAGAUUUAGUGUCAUUUAUGCUCUGGUUGGAGAUGCUGUCAUGCUGAAUCUUGUUCUCUCUGUGAAGGAGCAUUAUGAAAGAUCUGUGCUGUACCUCUACAUCAGUGAGGUUCUUGUCCAGGGGUUGUUUGGAGUACUUUUGUUUGUCUACAUUCCUAGUCUGGAUCCUUACCCUGGGUAUACCCCUGUAAGAGAUGAACCAAUUGAAGACAGUGAGUAUGAGGAACUUCCUGGCGGAGAGCAAAUUUGUCCAGAAAGGCAUGUUAACGUACUCUCCAGUAUUGUAUUCUCAUGGAUGAAUCCCCUCAUGGACCUGGGUUCGAGAAGACCAUUGACAGAGAAGGAUGUAUGGAAGCUAGACACAUGGGAUCAAACUGAAACAUUGAUAAGCAAGUUUCAGAGUUGCUGGGAUGAAGAAUCUGAAAAACCAAAACCAUGGCUUCUAAGGGCAUUAAAUCGUAGUCUUGGGGGAAGGUUCUGGUGGGGAGGAUUCUGGAAGAUCGGUAACGAUCUUUCACAAUUUGUUGGCCCACUUUUGCUGAACAGCCUUCUACAGUCUAUGCAACAAGGAGAUCCAGCUUGGAUUGGGUACAUCUAUGCUUUUUCAAUCUUUGUUGGAGUGGUGUUAGGGGUCUUAUGUGAAGCACAAUAUUUUCAAAAUGUUAUGCGUGUUGGAUACCGGCUCCGAUCAACUUUGGUUGCUGCAGUUUUUCGGAAAUCUUUAAAGUUAACUCAUGAGAGUCGCAAAAAGUUUGCAUCAGGAAAAAUAACCAAUAUGAUGACAACUGAUGCUGAAUCUCUCCAGCAAAUUUGCCAGUCGCUUCAUACAUUGUGGUCGGCUCCGUUUCGUAUCAUCAUCGCUAUGGUUCUCCUUUACAGGGAGCUUGGAGUAGCCUCAAUAGUUGGUGCUUUAAUGCUAGUUCUUUUGUUCCCAAUACAGACUUAUGUCAUCAGCAAGAUGCAAAAGUUGACCAAAGAGGGAUUGCAGCGCACUGACAAAAGAAUCGGCCUCAUGAAUGAAAUAUUGGCUGCCAUGGAUACUGUGAAAUGCUAUGCAUGGGAGACUAGUUUCCAGGGAAAAGUCCAAAGCAUACGAGGGGAGGAACUGUCAUGGUUUCGCCAAGCACAGCUACUAGCAGCGUGCAACAGUUUUAUACUUAACAGUAUACCUGUAUUUGUUACUGUGGUUUCUUUCGGGAUGUUCUCACUGCUGGGGGGUGAUUUGACACCAGCGAGGGCAUUUACAUCACUUUCAUUAUUUGCGGUGCUGCGGUUUCCCCUAUUUAUGCUUCCAAAUAUGAUAACUCAGGUUGUAAAUGCGAAUGUAUCCCUGGCACGUUUAGAAGAACUAUUGCUUGCUGAGGGGAGAAUCCUCCUGCCAAAUCCACCUCUUGAUCCAGGAUUACCAGCUAUCUCAAUUAAAAAUGGAAAUUUCUCUUGGGAUUCGAAGGCAGAGAAGCCUGCACUAGCCAAUAUAAAUUUAGAUAUACCUGUUGGGAGCUUGGUUGCAAUAGUUGGUGGUACUGGAGAAGGAAAGACAUCACUUAUAUCUUCAAUGCUUGGGGAGCUUCCUCCAAUGUCUCCUGAUACAAGUGCUACCAUUAGAGGAAAAGUUGCUUAUGUUCCACAAGUUUCUUGGAUAUUCAAUGCCACUGUGCGGGAUAACAUUCUGUUUGGCUCAGUUUUUGAACCUACACGAUAUGAGAGGGCAAUAGAUGUCACUGCCUUGAAGCAUGACCUGGAAUUACUUUCAGGUGGUGAUCUUACUGAGAUCGGUGAAAGAGGAGUAAACAUCAGUGGUGGACAAAAGCAAAGAGUAUCAAUGGCUCGAGCUGUUUAUUCCGAUUCAGAUGUUUACAUCUUUGAUGACCCUUUGAGUGCUCUAGAUGCUCAUGUGGGUCGACAGGUAUUCGAGAAAUGUAUCAAGGAUGAGCUAAGAGGUAAAACUAGGGUACUUGUCACGAACCAGUUGCAUUUUCUGUCACAAGUUGAUAGAAUCAUUCUGGUUCAUGAUGGCUUGAUUAAAGAAGAAGGAACUUUUGAGGAAUUGUCUGAAAACGGAAUAAUGUUCCAGAAACUGAUGGAAAAUGCUGGGAAAAUGGAAGAAUAUACAGAAGAGAACCAUGAUCUUGAGAGUAAUGAUGAAAAGGCUCUAAAAGCUGUAGAAAAUGGGAACUUAGUUGACAAGCCGGGAGACAAGACUGAGCCAAAAAAACCUAAAGAAUCAAAAUCUGUUCUGAUCAAACAGGAAGAACGAGAAACUGGUGUUGUGAGUUGGAAUGUCUUAAUGAGGUACAAGAAUGCACUUGGAGGGACAUGGGUGGUUAUCAUACUCCUUAUGUGCUACAUUUUAACAGAAGUUCUGCGCGUUUCAAGUAGCACAUGGUUGAGUGCUUGGACAGAUCAAAGCAGCCCCGACAAAUAUGGAUCGGGAACUUAUAAUCUAGUCUAUGCUCUUCUAUCAUUUGGUCAGGUUCUGAUUACAUUGUUCAAUUCUUAUUGGUUGAUCACUUCAAGUCUCUAUGCGGCUAAGAGACUCCAUGAUGCUAUGCUUAACUCUAUUCUUAGAGCACCUAUGGUCUUUUUUCAAACCAAUCCCCUUGGACGGGUCAUCAACAGAUUUGCAAAGGACCUUGGUGACAUAGAUCGGAAUGUUGCGAUAUUUGGAAAUAUGUUUUUGAACCAGGUCUCGCAGCUUAUUUCAACUUUUGUGUUGAUUGGAAUUGUGAGCACUAUGUCUCUGUGGGCCAUAAUGCCUCUUCUAGUCUUGUUCUAUGGUGCCUAUUUAUACUAUCAGAGCACUGCACGGGAGGUCAAACGUUUAGAUUCAAUUUCCAGAUCACCUGUAUAUGCACAGUUUGGAGAAGCAUUGAAUGGGCUAUCAACUAUUCGAGCCUACAAAGCUUAUGAUCGAAUGGCGAACAUCAAUGGGAAGUCCAUGGACAAUAAUAUCAGAUUCAGUCUUGUGAACAUGAGUGGGAACCGAUGGCUUGCUAUCCGUUUGGAAACAUUAGGUGGCCUCAUGAUAUGGCUUACAGCAACUUUUGCUGUCAUGCAGAAUGGGAGGGCGGAGAACCAGCAGGCAUUUGCCUCUACUAUGGGGUUGCUGCUUAGCUAUGCCCUGAAUAUAACAGGACUAUUGACUGGUGUGCUUAGACUUGCAAGUCUUGCAGAAAAUAAUUUCAAUUCAGUUGAACGGGUUGGAACAUAUAUUGAUUUGCCUUCUGAGGCACCUCCUGUUAUUGAAAGCAACCGUCCUCCUCCUGGUUGGCCUUCUUCAGGUUCUAUCAAGUUUGAAGAUGUGGUGUUACGUUACCGACCUGAACUUCCUGCUGUCCUGCAUGGUGUCUCCUUCACAGUACCCCCUAGUGACAAGGUUGGAAUAGUUGGACGAACUGGGGCAGGGAAAUCGAGCAUGCUUAAUGCGUUAUUUCGUAUUGUAGAACUCGAAAGGGGAAAAAUAUUAAUUGAUGGCUGUGAUAUUGCGAAAUUUGGACUCACUGAUUUGCGUAAAGUUCUGGGAAUCAUACCUCAAGCACCUGUUUUGUUCUCAGGAACUGUUAGGUUUAAUCUUGAUCCUUUCAACGAGCACAAUGAUGCAGACCUUUGGGAAUCUUUGGAGAGGGCCCAUUUGAAGGAAGUCAUCAGGAGGAAUCCUUUAGGUUUGGAUGCUGAGGUCUCUGAAGCAGGAGAAAACUUCAGUGUUGGGCAGCGACAACUUCUAAGUCUUUCACGAGCUUUGCUACGGAGGUCUAAGAUCCUAGUUCUUGAUGAGGCAACUGCUGCUGUUGAUGUGAGAACUGAUGCUCUAAUCCAGAAAACCAUACGAGAAGAAUUUAAAACAUGUACAAUGCUCAUAAUUGCACAUCGACUCAACACUAUUAUUGACUGUGAUCGUGUUCUUCUUCUUGAGGCUGGGAAGGUCCUAGAAUAUAAUACCCCAGAAAAGCUUCUUCUAAAUGAAGAAAGUGCUUUCUCUAAGAUGGUUCAAAGCACUGGAGCUGCAAAUGCUCAAUAUUUGCGCAGCCUUGUGCAUAGAGUUGAAGAAGAAAAUUCGUCAACUGGAGAUAACAAUAGGCUAGAUGGGCAAAGGAGGUGGUUGGCAUCUUCUCGAUGGGCAGCUGCAGCUCAGUUUGCCCUUGCUGUCAGUUUAACCUCAUCACAGAAUGACCUUCAACACUUGGAGAUCGAAGAUGAGGAUAAUAUUCUGAAGAAGACAAAGGAUGCAGUUAUAACGCUGCAGGGUGUUUUGGAAGGAAAGCACGAUAAAGCUAUUGAAGAAACUCUUGAACAGUACCAAGUUCCUACAGAUAGAUGGUGGUCGUCUUUAUAUAGGGUGGUUGAAGGUCUUGCUGUGAUGAGUAGGCUGGGUCGGAGUAGACUUCACCAUCCUGAUUACAAUUUUGAAGACAAGUCUAUUGACUGGGAUCAUGUAGAAAGUUCAGAGAAUCUGUGACUUGAUUCUGUAUGUAAAUUUUGACAAAUUAUAUGACGUGUUGGCUGUUGCUGCAUUUUUGUAACAACUCAAUGUACAAUUUCUGUAAUUCGAACUGCAUUUUUGUAACUUCUAAGGCAUUAUAUAGAACAAUAAAACACAGUAGUUCCGCUGAUUGAAGUUGGAGGCACUUCUUUA